CGACCGACCCCGGGGCCGCUCCGCCCGCCCGGCCCGGCCCCGCUCCGGCCCCGCCGCUGCAGGUUUCCAUGAAGAUAAACAACUGAAAUGUGGAUAGCUUAUUUGUAGCUUGGUGGUGGUUGUCAUCUGGAACGUGCUGGUAUCUCCUCUCAGUAGCAGGCGUGGUGUUGGCAGCUGAGAGCCAUGAAGGUUGUCCCAGAGAAGAAUGCUGUCCGCAUCCUUUGGGGUAGGGAACGGGGCACCCAAGCCUUGGGUGCUCAACGACUUCUCCAGGAGCUGGUGGAGGAUAAAACUCGAUGGAUGAAAUGGGAGGGCAAGAAAGUUGAGUUACCAGACAGUCCACGCUCCACCUUCUUGCUGGCGUUUAGUCCAGACAGGACCCUAAUGGCUUCCACGCAUGUGAACCACAACAUCUACAUCACAGAGGUGAAAACGGGCAAGUGUGUUCAUUCCUUGGUUGGACAUCGCCGCACUCCCUGGUGUGUCACCUUCCAUCCCACCAUUCCAGGCCUCAUUGCUUCAGGAUGCCUGGAUGGGGAGGUCAGAAUUUGGGAUUUACAUGGUGGAAGUGAGAGCUGGUUCACAGAUAGCAACAAUGCCAUUGCAUCACUUGCUUUUCAUCCUACGGCUCAGCUCUUGCUGAUUGCCACUGCCAAUGAGAUACAUUUCUGGGACUGGAGUCGUCGGGAGCCUUUUGCAGUGGUGAAAACAGCUAGUGAAAUGGAGCGGGUCAGGCUGGUACGGUUUGAUCCCUUGGGACACUACUUGCUCACAGCGAUAGUUAAUCCUUCUAACCAGCAGAGCGAUGAGGAAGUGGAAAUCUCCGUGGACAGCACAGAGAUGCCGCAUUAUCGUCAGCGCGCUAUCCUUCCAUCUCAGCCUGUGAGGCGCACACCCCUCCUCCACAACUUCCUGCAUAUGUUGUCCUCCCGCUCCUCUGGCAUACAGGUGGGAGAGCAAAACAGUGUUCAAGACUCUGCUACCCCAUCCCCUCCACCGCCUCCACCACCACCACCUCCGCCUCCAGCCAGUGAGAACACAAGGGCAUCUGUCUAUAACAGGCUCCGGGAGCGAGUCAGCUAUCCCACAACAGAGUGCUGCCAGCACCUGGGGAUGUUGUGCCUUUGCAGCCGAUGCUCUAGUGCAAGACUUCCUUCUUCUCUCUUCCCACACCAGGAAAACGCACCCUCCACGUCUUCUGGGGCCACUGGCACUUCCUUCUCCUCUGUGCAGACAGAGCCUUAUCAACCCCCAGAGCAGGCAUCCGUAGCACAGGAGGAGCAGGGGAUACUUAACAGGCCCUCUGCUUUCAGCACAGUUCAGAGCAGCACUGCUGGCAACACCCUGCGCAACCUUAGCCUGGGCCCCACACGGCGGUCCCUCAGCGGGUCCUUGGCAGGCCACCAGUCCCGGUACCAACAGUCUGCGAGAGAGAUGGCUUCAGGCUUGGGUGGGUCUGACUGGUCCAGGACAGUGCUGAACAUGAGCUCUCGGUCCGAGCUGGAAGCCAUGCCUCCCCCUAGGACCAGUGCCUCCUCCGUGAGCUUGCUGUCCGUGCUCAGACAGCAGGAGGGGGGUUCCCAGGCUUCAGUCUAUACCUCUGCAACGGAAGGGAGGGGCUUUCUGGCCCCAGGGGCUGAGGUGAACAGUGGUAGUAGUGCUGGCCCGAGCAAUCAGGCCAGCAUUCGUAAUGAGCUCCAGUGUGAUUUGAGGCGAUUCUUCCUGGAAUAUGACCGGCUUCAGGAGUUAGAUCAGGGGAUUGGUGGGGAGCCCAGCCAGUCGCAACAGGCUCAAGAAAUGCUCAACAACAACAUUGAGCCUGAUCGACCCGGUCCCUCCCAUCAGCAGACUCCACAAAGCAGUGAAAACAAUUCCAAUUUGUCCCGGGGUCACCUGAACCGCUGUCGUGCUUGUCAUAACCUGCUGACCUUUAACAAUGACACGCUGCGCUGGGAAAGAAGCACGCCUAGCUACACACCAGGGCAGGUCCAAAGCACAUUUGAGGGUGUGCCUCCAAAUACCAGCCAGGUGCAGCCUGCAGAGAGAACCGAGGGCAGAGCUCCUGCCUCUAGCAGACUGCAGCUGGGCAGCUCUUCCACCCCGCAGGAGGAGAGGACCGUGGGAGUGGUCUUUAACCAGGAGACGGGGCACUGGGAAAGAGUUUACAGCCAGUCGGCUUCAAGCAGACCUGGGAAUGUAUCACAGGAGGCCUUAAACCAGGAAAUGCCUGAGGAAAGCUCAGAGGAGGAUUCACUCAGGAGGAGGUUGCUGGAGUCUUCCCUCAUUUCAUUAUCUCGCUAUGAUGGAGCAGGAUCCCGGGAACAUCCAAUCUACCCAGAUCCAGCCAGGUUGUCUCCUGCUGCAUAUUAUGCCCAGAGGAUGAUCCAGUAUCUUUCCCGGAGGGACAGUAUUCGACAACGCUCUAUGCGAUAUCAGCAAAACCGUCUUCGCUCUUCCUCCUCCUCUGCUUCCACUUCAGAGAACUCAAGCCCAUCUGUGGAGGGAAAUGAUCUGGAAUUUGAAGAUUUUGAAAGGGACAAUGGAGACCGAUCCAGGCACCGAGCUCCCCGGAAUGCCCGCAUGUCUGCACCGUCGCUGGGGCGCUUUGUCCCGAGACGCUUCUUGCUGCCAGAGUACUUGCCUUAUGCUGGGAUUUUCCAUGAACGAGGACAGCCUGGCUUAGCCACCCAUUCCUCUGUCAACAGGGUCUUGGCAGGUGCUGUGAUUGGGGAUGGACAAUCAGCUGUGGCCAGCAACAUUGCCAACACCACCUACCGGCUGCAAUGGUGGGACUUCACUAAGUUUGAUCUGCCUGAAAUCAGCAAUGCCUCUGUGAAUGUGCUUGUCCAAAACUGCAAGAUUUACAAUGAUGCUAGCUGUGAUAUCUCUGCUGAUGGGCAGCUGCUGGCAGCCUUCAUUCCCAGCAGUCAGAGAGGCUUCCCUGAUGAAGGAAUACUGGCUGUAUAUUCUCUGGCACCCCACAACUUGGGCGAGAUGCUUUACACAAAGCGAUUUGGACCUAAUGCCAUUUCUGUGAGCCUGUCUCCAAUGGGCAGAUAUGUUAUGGUGGGACUGGCUUCCCGACGUAUCCUGUUGCACCCCACUACAGAACACAUGGUUGCUCAAGUUUUCAGGCUGCAACAGCCCCAUGGUGGAGAAACCUCUAUGAGGAGAGUUUUCAACGUUCUGUACCCGAUGCCUGCCGACCAGAGGAGACACGUCAGCAUAAACUCUGCUCGCUGGCUGCCUGAGCCCGGCCUGGGAUUGGCAUACGGCACCAACAAAGGGGACCUGGUGAUUUGCCGACCAGAGGCCUUAAACUCUGGAGUUGAGUACCACUGGGACCAGCUGAAUGAGAAUGUCUUCACUGUGCAUUCCAGCAGCAGGAGUACUGAGCGGCCUGGAACCAGCAGAGCUACUUGGAGGACAGACAGGGACAUGGGCCUGAUGAAUGCCAUAGGCCUACAACCCCGAAAUCCCCCCACCUCUGUGACAUCACAAGGUACCCAGACCUUGGCGCCUCAGCUGCAGAAUGCCGAGACUCAGACAGAGAGGGAGGUACAGGAGCAGGAAUCCACCUCUGCAGGGACUGGUGAAGGUGAAGGUCCAGAAUAUGGGGCCAGUGGGGAGGAUGCCCUGAGUAGGAUUCAAAGGCUGAUGGCAGAAGGUGGCAUGACUGCCGUGGUUCAGCGGGAGCAGAGCACCACCAUGGCGUCCAUGGGCGGCUUUGGCAACAACAUCAUUGUGAGCCACCGGAUCCACCGCAGCUCUCAGACUGGCACAGAGCCCACUGGAGCUGAGGGCACGUCAGCACAGCAGUCCACCUCUCAGCAGCUGGGCACAGAGCUGGAGGGACGGAUCCUGUCGGAGUCCAUGCAGCUGCCGGAGCAUGGCCUGAGCCCGCGGACAGCCCCUAGUGGGAGUGAAGGACAAAGCGCUGGUGACCUGGAUCUGCCAGAGCAGGCCCAGUCCUCCAUGGACACCGAGGGACCAACUGAAUACAGUGACCUAACUAACAAUAACCAUCUUCCUGACAGUACCAACUUCUGUAGUAAUGACAGCACCAGUGGGGAGUCGAGGAACAGGUUUCAAGGCCACGUACCCAAUCCCCUCUUGGAAGCGGCUCUGGUCCCUGACUGCAUCUGACUGGGCUCUGACUCUGCCUGGC